GGGAAGAGUCGGGGUUAUAUCCAACAGCUCGCCUCUUGUCAGCCGCAGUGAUCCACCGGCAGCGUAGCGAGUUCCUGCCCGUCAAAACAGCUUCGAUCAUCAGCACGUACAACUGGAAAUAUUUUUGUUUUUGCACCAAUUCAUCGCUAAUAGUGGAAUCAUGGAAAAUACGGCACCGUGGGUCAACGACACGGGCGACGUGCCAGAUUUGGUGGCCAACGAUUACGAAAUUCCUUUACUGGGAGCAUUCCUCUUCUAUUUUGUCCAGUGUUUGUACGGCACCGUCUUUGUUGUCGGACUGUUGGGUAACACUCUCGUUAUCUACGUCGUUCUCCGCUACACCAAAAUGCAGACAGUCACCAAUUUGUACAUUUUAAAUUUGGCCGUGGCCGACGAAUGCUUCCUGAUUGGCAUACCCUUCAUAAUGACGACCAUGGGACUAGGAUACUGGCCCUUCGGUAACGUCAUGUGCAAGAUUUACAUGACGACCACGUCAGUUAACCAGUUCACCAGCUCUUUGCUUUUAACGGUGAUGAGCGCCGAUCGCUACAUAGCCGUCUGCCAUCCGAUCGAUUCAUCCACAUUCCGGACGCCCUUCAUCGCUAAAGUGGUAUCGAUGACGACUUGGGGCAUAUCGUUCCUCAUGAUUGUGCCAAUAUUCCUGUACGCCCACACUCAGCAAGUCCAUUCGGACUGGGCCGUCGGCAGCCUCAAUGAUUCUCGCGUAAUCGACACUCUGUACUGGUCUAAUGGCUCGGCCACGACGAUCGCUUCAUGGAUGAAGAAUCACACGAGAGUCACGUCAUCUUUGGCCGUCGAAAAUGGCGCUGAAGACGCACUCGAAGUCCACAUGACCAGCCCUAUAGUCAGCUGCAAUAUUUACUGGCCCGAAAAUGAGUACAUGAACGGACAGGCCGCUUUCACGCUCUACACAUUCACGUUAGCGUUCGCCAUUCCACUCAUCCUCAUCUUGGUGUUUUACAUCUUAGUCAUUAGGAAAUUAAAGACGGUAGGGCCGACGAAUAAGUCAAAAGAGAAGCGGCGAUCCCAUCGCAAAGUGACUCGACUAGUCCUAACUGUCGUCACGGUCUACGUUCUCUGCUGGUUACCUUAUUGGGUUUCGCAAGUGUCGCUUAUUUUCACGCCACCGAAAGCGUCACAGUCGCCCUACAUCGUGGCUAUUUUCUUGCUGGCCGGUUGCCUAGGUUACUCCAAUUCGGCCGUCAAUCCAAUACUUUACGCCUUUCUGUCCGACAACUUUAAAAAAAGCUUCAUGAAGGCGUGCACCUGCGCUGAGCGUAGGGACGUCAAUAAAGCGCUGACGGGCGAGAACAGCGUGUUUACCCGACGUGGACGAAAUUCUGAACGCGGAUUUGGCCAUAACGAUUCCCGUUCGCGAAUCCCACCAAUGUCUGGGAACGUGGGUCGUUCGAUCGCCCCGCAGGAAACAGUCGAGUUAUCGAAUCCCGUGCUCGCAACUAUUCAACAAGAAGUUUGCGCCUCUUCUACGAUCGUCGUCAACCGAACAGAUGAAGACGUGUGUGACAGCAGCGGAGGUGAUGAUGUCCAGAUCGUCAUCAAGGGCUCCAUCAAGUUGGACGGGUCUUUCACGAAAAGCCAAAACUCGACCAAAUCCGAUGGUAAACAAGGAACGAUCGCUUCGUCUCGAACGGUUGAUUCAGUCGUUUCCUGCCAACAUAACGUCCGAGUUAACGGAUCAAGUCACGUUCUGCACAGCGACCUCUAACUCGAAGAAUCUGCAAAAGCAACGCGCGAUUGAAUUGAUUCAAAUUCUUUGGUUAUUUUCGUCUUUGUUAGCAUCCGUUUCACUGCAAAUUAUCAGCAAUGUAUAAAAUGAAUAGCGAUCCCACCAUCACCAAUCUACAAACAAAUUUCGGGUGGCAUGUCCGACCAAACAUUUUCGUGCAUCACUUGACACUCGAAAUGAUAUUCGCUUGAAUGGUUCAUCUGUAAAUAGCGUCUAACUUUAUUAUACUUCAUUUUGCCGCGCAUGUCGAGUCGUUUUCAUUGGUCACGCCGAAUGUAAAUAUCCCACGUCUUUUCUUUUAAUCGCUACUUGUUUACCUGUUUUAUGGUUAUAUUGAUCUUCUGUUUGCCUCAUUAAACAAGCCCGCUUGAUUACUUCACCCGUUCGUUUCCCACACACAUUGGCCAUCAUCAACGGAUUUAUCGACAACCACGACAUUUUGAUAACGCAAACUGAGUCCAUGUCGUGAUUGCCGAAAAACCAAUCAUUGCAACUGCUUCGGAAAUGAAUCGAACACCCACCAUUUCCUACAGUUUCUACAGCCAAAGCACAAACACAUUUUUUAAAAGGCACUUGAUGUCCGAUGGCCUCCGUUGAACUAGUCGAACGUGCAGCGUGUACGUCCCAACUGAGCCCGUAAAACGUACACGCAUGCAGUUGAUCUCAUGGUUUAUCGGCAUCUCUCCGUGCAGCUACCCAAAACUUUCAAUCGUUUGUUUGUCGUGUACUUCUUUAUUUUCGUGCGAAAACGGUAUAUACGUACAAAUAAAUGGCCCCCCUCCAAUUGUCGAACGUUUCCCUAUUGCACUUUUGUGUACGCGUUGUUAAUGUUUUUUAAUGUUUCGUUUUCGGCUACGAGGAUAUUGGCUACCUAAUACAUCAGUACCUAAUGCCCAGCUGUA